GGGUCACUCGGUGCGGUCGUUCCGUGCAAUUCCGUGAACAGUUCGUGAUUCCGUCUGAUUCCGUCUCAGCAGUACUGAGCAGCACUGAGCAACUGUAGCCUGAGUCUGGAAGAACCUGGAGUGAGAGAGCGCAAGAGUGAGAGUCCCAGCAGUCAGAGCGCGUUUUGUCCGGCGGGGGCUGCUUUUCGCAAAAAUUGCCUCACGCAUGGCCCAGUGGGUUUGACUUUCGUGGUUGCGGAGGAGGACCGGUGUGUGUGUCUGCGUACUCUGUUUUUUAAGCGUGCUUUGAAGAAAAGUCAAAGACAGCAGGAUGACCAGCGAGACGCAAGAGCCAGCAGUGAGCAACGUGGAGACGCAGUAUCUGGAGAUCAACUCCAAGGGGGCUUGGGCGAUCCUUUAUCAGCACAUACGUAACGAAUGUAAUAACUAUGAGUACGAAUGCAAUGAAUCGAAAAAGCCACAGAACAGAAGUUUAAAUCGAUACAGAGAUGUAGCACCGUAUGAUCAUACUAGAAUAAUUCUACGAAAGGGCCCUUGUGACUAUAUCAAUGCGAAUCUUGUUCGGAUGGAUCAUGCGCAUAGACAGUACAUCCUAACACAAGGACCACUGCCUAACACCACUGGCCACUUUUGGCUGAUGGUGUGGGAACAAAACAGUAAGGCAGUGUUGAUGUUAAACAAAGUUAUCGAAAAGGAUCAAGUAAAGUGUCAUCAGUACUGGCCUCUGGAAGGUUCUUCCGAUCACACUAUGAUGUUCCCAGACGUUGGACUUAAAGUAGAGUACGUCAGCAAGACCGAGUUUUCGGAUUACACAACUAGAAUAUUGAGACUGACAGACGUUGAGACCAAGGAAAGCAGAGAGAUUCUACACUUCCAUUACACAACGUGGCCGGACUUCGGUGUGCCGCAAAGUCCAGUAGCAUUUUUACAAUUUUUGGUGGACGUCAGACAGUCUGGUGCGUUAGAUCAAAAUGUCGGACCCCCAGUGGUUCAUUGCUCAGCCGGAAUCGGGAGAUCAGGAACCUUCUGCUUAGUAGACACGUGCCUGGUUCUGAUCGAGGAGAACGGCCUGAACUCCGUGGACGUGCAAGAAAUUUUAAUGGAGAUGAGGCGGUUCAGGAUGGGCCUCAUCCAGACACCUGAUCAGCUGAGAUUCUCCUAUGCUGCUAUCAUCGAGGGGGCAAAACAAUUGCCAUCCAACAACGUGAAUAUUGAUAAUAAUGAGGUAAAUAAUCACUACGACACGGUCUACAACAUCAGUAAUUCUUCCGUGGACGAGGAUGAUGAACCGCCUCCUCUUCCACCUCCAAGAGGGGAAUCUCUUACGCGUAGUAUGAUGGCGGAUUUGAGCCCUAAUCCAACCACGGAAAAUGUCGAAGAUAUUAGUGGACCUCCGGAUAAGCCGUUACCCAGGGAGCCACCGACGUAUACAGAACCGUCUACAAGUCCCCCGGAGAAUUCCACAAGCAUUCAAAACAGUCUUCAGGAACAAAAUUCCGAUGCCGCGGCCCUUCCUGGUGAAGCAACUAGUGACGGUGAGAAUUCCUUCAAGACCAUCAGUCCUCCGUCCAGUCCAGACACAAAGAACGAACUUCGUCAGCGUAACCUGGAGAGAAAGGAACGACUGGCCGCGCAGGUGCGCGAGAUGAAGCGGCGACAGAAGCAGACAGAAGAGUGGCAGAAGCUCAAGAGGUCAUUAUUUAAGCCCCUUUCAAUAGGCAUAGGUGCCGCGAUCGUUGGUGGGGGUGUAAUAGCUCUCUGCAGUUACUUAUACAUGCGCGGCUAGGGACAGAUAGAAAGAUUACAUUUAAGGACGCUACGCCCCGCUCGAGCUUAACGUUCGUUCGGAUAUGGGAAAUGACUUGUGGCCUGCGGGCUGUGAGCAAGAAAUUCCAUCGUUCUUUUCAAAAACGAUUACUUCUUGCUCGAGAUUCGUCAGGAAGUAACUGGUUGUGACGAAACGUUAUGGAGGGAUAUGCUACGCGUCCGUAACCACGUACACACACAUACAAUACGUUUAUAGAUGCAAGCACAGAUACUGACAGAUUCCGUGAGAAAAAAGAAGGGAGAGAAAGAGACCUUCGCAAUUGUAUUUUUAUAUUGUGAUUCAUCCGUCGAGUAUCUUGAAUAUUGGAAUGCAUGAAUUCCUUUUACUAUCUGAUUAGUUUUCUUCGAAGUUUGUGCGCGUCAUGCAUACUUCUCACAAUGGCCGUGCCACACUGUUACGCGGAAGGAGAAAGCUUCAGCUUCGCGUAUGCUCUGCGGACGUUCCUGCGAAAGCACAUCAGGCAUCAUUAUCGUCAUCAAGUUCACCAGGUUUUUCAACUUUAGCGAAUGGUCACUGUCUUAAUUGAUACACGGGAUAACCGUGGAAAAUGAUUUUCACCGUGUUCACGUUCUUCAGUGUUCACGAUCUGCAGCGAGAGGAGUCGCGUGUGGGCCAAACAUAUUUCCCAAUGGUUUGUCGAAUGAACAACAUGACGCGGACGUUUCUCCAUUCCUUCUCUUUCUCUCUCUCUCUCUCUCUCUCUCUCUCUCUCUCUCUCUCUCUCUCCCCUCUCUCUCUCUCUCUUUCUCUCUUUCUUUCUUUCUUUCUUUCUUUCUCUCUCUCUCUCCCUGUCUCUCCCUGUCUCUCUGUAUUUGUUUUUCGGGCACAAUCAAUACAUCAUCAAGUAUUUAUGUAGAUCUUUCGAAGACUCCUCGACCAUUUGCUCGGUAAUUCAAAUAGAAUUGACAGGACAGAAUGAAAGGAAGAAAUGGGCGUGGAAAAAACAGUCGUUCGUACGACCACAUGCGGACAAAGCGCUAACUAAAUUCGAACGACUACUAAUAAUAUUCAGGGUACCAAAAGCAUUGACUUAGAUGGUAAAAUUAUCUUAUUAAUGAUUAGCAUAUUUGGAUUAGACCUAGAUGCGUCAUUUAUCGCAUAGUAUCUACGUGAACAUUUUCGACUAGUAGUUAUUGCAUAAGGACUGAUUUUUUACAAAAUUUCUUGUUCCUCAAAAAAGAUAAUGUAGGUACGAUUCAGUGCGAAGAUUUAAGAAAAACUUUAAGGAAGCACGUUUACCUAAAAGAAUUGUUGAGAAGGUAGGGACGUUCCUUCGUUGAAGAAAAAAACUUGGUCGAACACCGUGGUCCUUGCCAUUCUGUACUAUCUUGCCGAAAUCAUCAGAUGACGUUUGACAAUCGAUCUUGCAAUAAAACGGUAAAUACAGUUUUUACGACAAUGUCACGUGAAGUCUUGUUCUCGAGCGUCACGAUUCUCGCGACGGUCGUGCGUUCUUUUAUCAGAGCUCAUUCACAAUUCAGCAGAAUCUGCUAAUCAAGUUCCUCUGAGCAUCGGGAAAUAUAAAAAAAAAAAAAAAAAAAAAAAAAAAAAAAAAAAUAAAAAACCAGCAAGUCAGCCGCAUCAGUCGUGCGGUCGUGCCCCCAAAAAAGCGGGAGCCGAAAUAAAAGAACUUCUGCUGCAGAAAGUAUCGGUCAUCGAGGGCUUCCACGGUGUCCCUAAACGCGUACCGCGUGCUCCUGGGAUCUAGAUAAAGAGAAAGCGAAAGAAAAAAUAAAAGAAAAAGAAAAGAAAUAUUAGAUGUAUUACGAGUCGUUCAAAAUACUUGUUGCUCGCUCCGUUUAUUUGUUGAGCCGCCGCCGCCGCCGCCGCGUGUUUCAGGCGACGUCCGUGGAGUCUCGAGGAUAAUUUCCAUCGACGGCCGUCGUGUGGAUUUGCCCACGAGGCUACGGCGAUUAUAACUGAAAGUUUUACUUACAAUGAUAUAAGUUGUUGAACGAUUGAAUGUUUACGAAACAUUCCUAGUGCCGGAAUUAUGUUCCACCGUCGAUCCUCGUAAUCGCGAGGUUUGACGAACCUAAAAAAAGACUGCUCAGUUGGCUGUCGAAGUGGGCGUUUCCUCUGGUGCACUUUUCCUCGUUAUUUCGUAUUAAUUAGCAUCGGAUGAUGAUCGGGAAAACUAUUUCUGUCGAAGGCCAGUCGAGGAAUGUAAAUUAAGGGGAAUCGAACGCGUAAUCGAACACGAGUGAGAGAAGAGGAUGACUGUGGGGCUUGACGUGUGAAUUUUCCUGAAUUCGUUGUUUUCGAUUUUGACUUCGAACAGUUUGGUACGCUCUAUCUCUUUUAGUUAGCUCGAAGGCUCCAUAGGCCUCCUAUUGCGGGAAGACACGAUUCCCCCUUCGUAUUCUCAAGACGAUCCACCCGGAGUUUCUAGACGCGCGUGUUGAUCUCCUUGAGACGGCGAGACACGUGCGAGGAGCGCGAAUCUUCGAUAGAUGCGACGAAAAGUAUGUAUCGUGUACAAUUACGAUACUCUUUGGCGCCUCCACGUUUCUCUUCAUCGUUCGACGGCCAUUAGGCUGAGCCUUCGAAAGACUGAGUAUGGUUAACGAUUUCAAAGAAAUUCGGAAGAACCAAAAUUCGAUAAACGCGCGUAUCCUUAAGCUGUCUUUUACGUUAUCAUAGUAAUUCAUGGGACUCGCACUUGCCAAGUAGAUAGAGAGAGAGAGAGAGAGCGUGGAGUGUGUUGAUCUUACGAAAUGCGGACGAGAGAGAGAGAGAGAGAGAAGCUUCUUGGAAUUCGCUAAUUCACGACGACACGGUGCUAAUUAAAGUUCCAAAUCCGCAAAGUAGAAGGGGCUGGAGGGGGAAAAAGGGAACGUGAGAAUGAGGAAAGUAUGUGAGAGCAAGAGAGCAAAUGUGAGAGAGUGAACGUUCGUAAGUGUUAUGAUAAAUGAAAAAAAGGGCUCGAAAAUUAGAAUCCAAGAAACGGUUAAGUGAAAAGGAUCAUUCGCAUCUAUGCAAUUACUUCAGAUUCUACGUCGUGUAAAUACCGAAAACACAGAAACAUAGCAAAGUGCCUACUCGUACAAAGAGAGAAAAACGAAAAACGAACCGCAAAACGUAGAAUAGCGUAUAAUCGGAAGCGCUUGGACAUCUUCAAUAUUUCGAAAUAAGCAGCCGCGACGUUAAGCUAACUUCUAGCUCAGGAGUCCCUUUAAGCCCGAUUCGCCACAAGAUGAUAUAAACCGAUUUAAUAUGAGCGACAAUAUUAAAUGAAUAAUUGCUAAAUAAAUAUGCUUUACGAUUGCCGUGUUGCCGAGUGCGCGAGGUCCUCGCGUUUCGACGCCGAUUUCGGUGCGGCGCGGAUCGCGCGUCGCCUCUCGAUAUUUCCUCCUCUUCUCCUUCGUCGCAACGUAAUGGUAAUUCUCGGGAGGAACCAGAGAGCCGGGAUGAUCGGUGGUGAAAGACAGAAUGGGGUUGGGGUAGGGCCCAGAAGCUCGAUAGGAAGUAGCCCCCCCCCCAUCCCCCCGCGCGUACAGCGCCGCGUUUCUCCCAGUUAAACCGGAAGGAGCCGACUUCACUUUUCCUCCCGACGUUCCUGACGACGCUUGGCAGCCGGUUUAUGUUUUACAAUGUUACAAUAAGAUCCAUACGAUAAGCGAAAGAAAAAGAAAAAAAAAAAGAAAGAGUUUAGAGAAGUAUUUAGUGUCCCAGAGACAAA